GCCACAUUCAGAUACUUCUAACCGUGCUCCUCAAUCUGCUUUACAUCUUGGUAUAGUGUGCAAUUGCUGCAACAAGACAAUUCAUGGAAUGAGAUGGAAGUGUGCAUUUUGUGAGGAUUAUAAUUUAUGCCAAAAUUGUAAAUCUAAAUCACAAAGUAUUCAUAAUCAUCCAAAUAAUCAUGUGUUUCAACCUAUUGCAUAUUCUUCUUGGUUAUUGUCGAAAAGAACUUCUACAAUUUGUGACUAUUGCGAAUUAGCCUGUAUCGGUAACAGAUGUUAUAAGUGUGCCAGUGGUGAAUUUUCUGUAGAAGAAUAUGAAUUAUUUCAAAUAAUAAAAAAUUAGUGGACUUGCUAUGUAU